AUGAAUGAAUCCCACAUGUGUCAUCAAAGGCCUGUUUGCCUCAACGCCUUCACAAAACAACCCGCUUCGUCACUGGCGUUGGCGCCAACAGCCGCAGUUACGCAUAAGGUGAACAGUAUGAAAGUGCAACCAACGGCGGAUGCACUAAAAAGCAAAAUUACGCUCAAUGAGGGACUGACAUGUAUUGAUUUCCAACCGGGACGUCACCUCCUAGCUAUUGGGUGCACGAAAGUUGUUCAUAUUUUGGAAGUGAAGCAACUGGCAGAGGGGAACCAGUCUUUCACUCCAACGCGUAGUGAUAGCGGAAAGAGAGGAGGUGCGGAGAGUGAAGCUUUCCAGUCAUCACAUCUGCCUCAUUCCUCCGGUCACAUGGGACUCCGGCAGUGUGGUACGUUUUGUAAUAUUUCAAAGGUGGAAGCAGUUGCUUGGUACCCGGAUACAGGUGAAGAUGUGCUUGCCUUUGUGCAGCGAAAUCGUAACAUCACGAUAUUGUUCGACACUAUCUCUGUCAAAUCUAACAGACGCGUAACCAAACAGUGGAUCCACAAGGCUUCAGAUCGAUGUCUUAUCUCUUCCAUGGAGGCGGGGAGUUCUCUGUCAAGUACAGCGGUGGUAAAUGCUUUGAAUGCCACCUGCACGCCCAUCUUCGGUGGGUCAGCACCAGAGGUACCGCAUCCUACUUUCCAUGCGAAGCGUGACCGUGAGGGGCGUGGUAUGGUUGAAGUGAUUAUCCCGACCGGUCACAACCACGUGGAGCGCAUCGCCUGGGACCCACACAACGCAUACACGUUGGCUCUGGCAGCUGAUGCGACUCAUUUCGAGCUAUGGCAUAUCCCAGUCGUUGAUGAUCAUGUUCACAUGCCGCGCCUCAUCCUAAGGCCACCAGCUCAUGACGAGCGUUCCACGACGCGGAGCGUCGCCUUUUCCCCUUCUAACCCUAAUCUCAUUGUCGUAGCGGUGCAGCUGACCAACGCGGGAAAGGUUAUGAUAUAUGAUCGCCGUCAUGUAGAGGUUCCACGCUGCGUGACGACGAUGGGACCGUGUUUUGCCGCCUCAUUCCACCCCGUUUACUGUGAUUUACUUGCCGUAUGCUGUCGAAAAACGAAAGCGAAGACGGAUUCUCGAGUGCAGUUCUUUCGUGUGAUGGAUGAAAUGCGCCCAGUGGGAGUGUUGAAACUACCCGCUCCCGCAAGUGUUGACAGUGGCGCUACCACUUUCCAUUCCACAGGAGCCAACUCCGCGUGGCCUGUGACGGAGCAGAAUAUCCUUCCACCCAUCGACACUGUUGACCCUCUUAAUAGACUUCGCUGGCGCCCUGCUGUGAAGGGAUCUCAGGGAACAGCAGUGGAUGUCACCGUCGACUCUGCAGAGGCAAUAAUUGACAAAAUAUCCUCGCAGUUGUGGUUUGCCACGACAUCGAUUAAUGGUCAAGAGGUCAGUGUAUGGGAUGCAUCCAACGUCUUUUGUCCAAUCUUUUCCAUCAAAAGUAUAUCUAACAGGCGGAAUGUGUCACAACGUGAGCGCACCUUACGGGAGCCGACGGAUUGUGUUUGGGUAAACGCGUUGACGCUGGUAUGCGUGUUUAAAGAUGGGGAAGUGGAGCUUAUCUCACUAUUUGAUGAGGCGACAGAAAGCAAUGAGACGCUAUUUCGUUGCGCGAGUGAGACGACUACCACUAGUGACCCAAGUAGCGACACUACCAUCAACAAGAUGGUGGAUCCGGGUACAUUCAGCCUUGCGGCCGUACUUCCCACCGCUGCUAUAGUGCCAGAUUUUUUUGGUCAAUGUUUGGUUGUACGCAACUCUUCUUCAGCGCUGCGCGAGUACUAUGCCAAUGCGAUACGUGCAGACAAGGGUAAAAUACUGGAACUAAUGUUGUUAGAAUACGGCGCGGAGUGGGGCAGCAGCAUCAGCGGAGACGGAAUCACUUCAUCCAGUGCCGCUUCGUUUCCAAUAUCAGGCACCUCCUCAAGUACAGGACUGGGAGCGGUGUCACGUGGUCUUAGGGGUACUACUCGUAUAGCCCCCGUCGCACAAACACCAGCAGACCGAAGCCAGUCGUCUCAAAUAAACGCAACAUUUCGCCACAGCCAUACGCGACCGUUAUUACCGAACUCGGGGUCAUCUGUUGAUCGUUCGCGCAGUCCGUUCGUUCUCGGGGCAGAGACCCCGGGAGUAGCAACCGCCGGCGUCGCGUCGGCAGCGGGAAGGCGGCACGAGUCGCUAUUCCCAUUUCUGAUCUCCCUUGCUUUGCAGGCACAAACAACGAGCACGCCGAGAGAUAACCUCCCUACUACCAGUGCUCCAGCGGCCUCAAGUGGAGAUGUGCUAGAAUUAGCACCUGACCGAGAAAAGCAACAGGAAGAACCUCAUCGAACAACCGCAAGUCAUGUCAUCACGGCUCCGCCGCGGCGAAGUAAUUCGACAUCCCACAACGGCUGCGCUGAUAUAUGUUAUGAAAAGAGCCCAGAUGGGAACGCGCGGACAGUUGGGAUGCGACCGAGUCACAACGCAUUUUUGAGGCAAGAACGUCAGCAGAUGCCCGCUAUGUCUCCCUCUACACCCAAAAUACCCUGUGCGGACAUACUUGAGUUAGUGCUCCCUGCAGUACUGUGUCCGAACAGCGCCUCCAUUAUAAGCCCCCUUUCACUUAUGGGAUCAGGAAGCGACUACAGCCGGUGCAUGUUACCAAACGCUGGUGUCGCUCCUGGCAGUUGCAAGAGUAGUGAAGUCUUGAACUCCCCACUCAGUGAUUUGCCAUAUACGCGGGGGGUACCGUACUCCUUCAGAGAAUACGGUGCCAGUGGUCGAAGCACCAGCCCCCGUUCGUCCGCUGUGGCGUCACCAACUGGCUUACCAAAGCAUUCUUUAGCACAACCACUACUACUGGGAGUGAAGUCACAUGUGAAUCCAGUGAUUGAACAUCACAUCAUCUCCUCCGACAUGCCCAAUCUUACUUAUGUCGAGCGCCUGUCAGAGCACGACGCGUUUGUACGCUAUGCUAGGGAGUGGGAUGUUGGGUAUGAUGUUGCCCGAAAGAUGAUAAGCGACCGCUAUUCCGUCAGAUGCUCAACGGAUAAUACAGAAUACGAAGAGCGUAAAGAGGGCCAAUAUUUAGCCAACAAACGCCACGUAGACAGACGCUUUGCGAGACUUAUGGCACACAACGCAAAAGUUUGUUUUAUUCACGAACGUACUAUGCGUCUAAAAGUUGGCGCCUACUCAAGGGAGGGAAUAGCGAAUAGUAGUUGUGAAACAGAGGAAAGAGGACUGUGCAACGACCUCAACAGUUUUGCAGGGCAGUCAGCCGAUAUUCGUGGGUCUUUAUGGGCAUCCGCCAAGGAAAUAUGGCGUAACCACAACGUGCCAUACAUCGCUUCACACGUGGCUUUACUUUUAGACUACGCAUCACUAACUGGUGACGUCCAGUUCUGUACAGUACUGUACCUUCUGUUCUGUUUAUGGUGGGAGCAACGACACGGGUCCAUGCUUAGCCACCCCUGUCCAUUUCUUCCCAGUGCUAACGCUAAUGCGAGAGAAGGCCACAACAGGAAAUCAAGCCAGUCUGCAGUCACAACUUCUGAGGUUGGUGGAUGCUCCCCACAACGUUGGCGGUUGCGAGCACUCCAAUGGGUGGAGCAGUAUGCAUCACGCCUGUAUGCAAUGAAGUUAUACGUCCCUAUUAACGAGUUGUUGCUAGUUGUUCCCCAUGUAUUAGGAGACUCCAACUCAGGUUUACCGCGGUCAGAAGAAAUUGCGCAGAAGCUAUUUACGUAUUUGUAUUGUGGAGUGUGUAGGAAAACCGAGAUCGUGCCACAUCACACGAUGAGAGAGAAACUAGGAUAUCUACCGUCAAGUUUGUCGGAACAGUUAUCGCUUGGAAGGAGUGGAGGGGAAGACGACAGGCAGGCAAAAACUGAUCACAGUAGUGAUGAAUGCACAGAAACGUGUGAUUCCAGCGGCGAUUCGACACCACUGUCAAGCAUGCGUUCUUCGUCAAGCUCUCUUUCUGCGCUUGAUGGAAAAGACACGCUGGGAAGUGUUGUCGGCAGUGAAGUUAUAGCUUCAGAAAGGAUGAAACCAACGAGUGCUGCUUCAUACGCCGGAAACGAGCCUUCAAUUUGUGGGCCCGUCACAUAUCGUAAUGCUGUUUGUAGGAGUUGUACCAGUAACUCCCUCAUGACUUGUAUGAUAUGUGAGGAAGAAGUGGAGGGGAUGUAUAUGUGGCUGCGUUGCUGUGGCCACGGUGGGCAUGUGCAGCACAUCGAGGAGUGGCUUUCGAUAAGCAAUGAGUGCCCCCUAUGCGGCGUGCCUAUUAUGAUGAAAGAGUGA